AUCCUGCAGACGAAGAUACAGAGGAUCCUGUGCCCUGUCUCCCAAGAGCUCCAGCUCCAGGCUAGCAGCUGUCUGGGAGAUGUCACCAGGAGACCCAGGGCUGGGCUGACAGAGAGCAGAGACCCCUGGAGUAAGGGAGUGAGCUCACCAUCUCAGGAAGACUUCAAGUAGAGCUAUGAAAUGCUCCGCUCUCUUCUCUUUUCCUUGCUGUCCCCGGGGCGGAUGAGCACAGGGCUCCCAGGCACCAGGCCUCGGCCUUGCUGGACUCCCAUCUCCUUCUGGCGGCUGGGCCUGGGGGGCCAGAGGCAAGAGCAGCCAUCGGAAGACCUGGUUCCCUACGACACGGAUCUGUACCCACGCCAGUCGCACGAAUAUUACCCCUAUCUCAGCAGUGAUGGGGAGAGCCACAGCGACCAUUACUGGGACUUCCACCCCCACCACAUGCACAGCGAGUUCGAGAGCUUCCCUGAGAACCACUUCACGGAGCUGCAGAGCGUGCAGCCCCCCCAGCUGCAGCAGCUCUACCGCCACAUGGAGCUGGAGCAGAUGCACGUCCUCGACACCCCCAUGGCGCCACCCCACGCCAGCCUCGGCCACCAGGUCUCCUACCUGCCCCGGAUGUGCCUCCCAUCCUACCAGCCCCUGUCCCCGGCCCAGCCCAGCUCAGAUGAGGAGGAGGGCGAGCGGCAGAGCCCCCCGCUGGAGGUGUCUGACGGUGAGGCUGAUGGCCUGGAGCCCGGGCCUGGGCUCCUCCAUGGCGAAACAGGCAGCAAGAAGAAGAUCCGCCUGUACCAGUUCCUGCUGGACCUGCUGCGCAGCGGCGACAUGAAGGACAGCAUCUGGUGGGUGGACAAGGACAAGGGCACCUUCCAGUUCUCGUCCAAGCACAAGGAGGCGCUGGCGCACCGCUGGGGCAUCCAGAAGGGCAACCGCAAGAAGAUGACCUACCAGAAGAUGGCGCGCGCGCUGCGCAACUACGGCAAGACGGGAGAGGUGAAGAAGGUGAAGAAGAAGCUCACCUACCAGUUCAGCGGGGAGGUGCUGGGCCGCGGGGGCCUGGCCGAGCGGCGCCACCCGCCCCACUGAGCCCGGCCCGCAGCACCGGCCGGGCCCGCCAGGCUUCCCUCUGGCCAUAGCAUUAAGCCCUCGCCCGGCCGGACACCGGGAGGACACGCCCCGGGCCGCGGCAGGACUGUGGUGGGCCAGGCCUCGCCUCGCCACCCUCGCCCUCGCCCCUCCUUCCAGCCCUCCGCACCCCUCCAGGACUCCAGCCCGCUGCAGAAGCCACCGGGCAUCUCCCCUUCCCUUUCUUCUCACGCCGUAGCCUGGCCCAACGAAAUAAGUAAUUAUCCAUUAAUCCUCUUACA